CAAACACACACACACCCACCAACAUAGAUAACUUGUCCAUUUCGAUCUCCCAGCUCGGAGGUGGGAGCUGAGCAGUAAUAUAGAUUGCCGCAUGUUCUUUCUUUCGAGUCAAUUAAUAUUUAUUGUCGUAAUAGGUUAAUGGUAAAGGGAGUACAACACUAGCUAGGAGGAUCUAGAGAUCAUAUCGAGAGAUUCGAUGGGGAGAGCUCCUUGUUGCGAUAAGUCGAAGGUGAAGAAAGGCCCAUGGUCACCUGAAGAAGAUGCAAAGCUCAAAGACUUCAUUGACAAGAACGGAACUGGUGGAAAUUGGAUUGCUCUUCCUCAAAAAGCUGGGCUAAAACGAUGUGGGAAGAGCUGCAGAUUGAGAUGGCUGAAUUAUCUGAGGCCAAACAUCAAGCAUGGAGAAUUCUCUGAGGAGGAAGAUAGGAUCAUUUGCAGCUUGUAUGCUACUAUUGGAAGCAGGUGGUCAAUAAUAGCAGCUCAAUUACCAGGAAGAACUGAUAAUGAUAUCAAGAACUACUGGAACACCAAGCUGAAGAAGAAGCUCAUGGCAAUGAUGCUCCUCCCUCCUUCUUCUUCUUCAUCUUCUUCUUCUUCCAAACACAGAUCAAUCAUAUCAUCAUCAUCCAUGUCGCCACUGUUUUCUGCAGCCCCCACUGGACCUUCUGUUCUUCUCCCCACACCACCUCAACAACAACAGUUCUCGUUUUACACCCCACACAGGUCAUUUUCUGGGCUUGAAUCCCCCUCCCAGCUCCACCACCCAGAUUUCGGGUCGUCUCCCUAUUCUUCUUUCAACUUUCAAAUGAGCCAUCAAGACCAGCAGGCCUCCUUGCUCAACCCUGCACUAAUGCAGCAAUAUCAUCAUCACCACCACCCAGCAGCUAUGAAUAAGGGUAAUCAUCAUAAUUUGCUGAUGUUUGGGGGAAGUGAUCAGGUCAGUGGUUCCUCAUCAUCUGAUGGGAGUUGCAGCCAAAUCAGCUACGAGAGAUCGAAAAUUACAGACCAUAAUGUCAAGCAAGAACCCGCAGAUCUGGGAAAAUACAGUUUCCAAGGCGAUCCUCAUCAUCAGAUCAUUUCUUCAACCAAUGCUGGGUUCGAAGAUACUAAUAACCAGAUUCAAGGCCACAUGUUCUUUCUUGACUAUGGCAACGGGCCGCCUCAAGUUGCGAAUAAUAGCACUGUUGCUGCUACUGCUGCUGCUACUACUCAGCAGCUGCAAUAUGAUCUUGAAGUUGUUAGGGAGCUGGUUAGCAGUAGCAGCAGCAACGGGCACGGGCACGACAACCUUAACAACAUUAAUAACAACAACAAUAACAACAACAACAACAACGACUUCUUGCUCUUCAAUUAUGAAAACAAGACAGAUGAUCAGAAGGGGAUGUAUUUCUACUAAUCACAAGUAGUAGAAAUCAUAAUGAUGAGGCGAACUAGCUAGGGAUUAGUAUGAAUGUAUGUAUGUAUGUAUGGAAGAUUAAUUAAUUCCCAUUUUAGAUGAGAAGAAAGUUAAUUAAUUAGAGAUCAGAGCUUCAUUUUCUGAGUUUUUAGUUGUUGUACUGUGUAAUAUAGUCUAGCUAUGGAUGAUGGGAUGAUGGGAACUUUAAUUAUUCAAUCAAAAUAUUUCUUCUCUUCUAAA